UUAACAGUUCAGUUUCUAUUUGUCACUAGUUAAAAUCACACCUGGGAAUAAGACAAGGAAAAUUAAUAUUAAACAAAGAAGAUGAAGUUCUUAUUGCUCAUUUCAAUAUUCGUAGCCUGUGCUGCUCACUGCUUGGCAUUAAAAAACGUUGAAUGUGGCUUGCCACCUCUUAAGCAAGGCGUUGGAAGCAAUGGAAAUAGAAUUUGUCGUGCAUAUAUGCCUACAUGGAGUUAUAAUUUAAAAACAAACGAAUGCGUUAGGUGGGUAUAUGGAGGAUGUGGCGGCAAUGCCAAUCAAUUUGGAAGCGAACAGAAGUGCCAGGACAGGUGUAAGGAAUUUGAAUGUGGCUUGCCACCUUUUAAGGAAGGCAAUGGAAAUAUAAUUUAUGUUGCAUAUGUUCCUAGUUGGAGUUAUGAUUUAAAAACAAACGAAUGCGUUUGGUGGGUAUAUGGAGGAUGUGGCGCCAAUGCCAAUCGCUUUGGAAGCGCACAGGAAUGUAAUGACAGGUGCAAGGAAUAAAAAAAAUGCAUAUACUUUAACAAGUACAAAAUCUAUUUUUCAAACAAUAAAUGGUUAUUUUAUGUAAUUUGUUUUAUUUAUUAAUUAAAUGGAAAAUUUGAUAUAUAUAA